CAUUUCAGUUUUGCGUCUUAUUCUUUUAUAAAAAAGUUGUCCCAAAUAUUAGAUGAGUUUAGGUGCUCAUCGCAUAUAAAAAAAAAAGUGUUUUAAGUGUGAUUUUAAACGUGAAUCCUGUUCAUCUCUGUAGGGAGAAUGGAAGGACAGCAGAGUGGAGAGCGAAGGCAUCCCAAUAAUAUGGAAGUUACUCAACAAUGUUGGUAGGCGUUAUUCGGCUUGCAGACGGGGCAUUGAGAGAGGGAACGAGUGCGAGGAACAAGGAGAGAGAUGGCUGCAGCCGCAGCAUUGGGUGUGGAUCCGUGGGUGAUCCAGCCACGGGAACGCGCCCGAUACCAGGAGCAAUUCAAUUCUCUGAAACCGGUAAAUGGGGUCGUUACAGGAGAGCAAGCAAAAGGCUUCUUUCUGCAGUCUCAGUUGCCACCUAUGACUCUUGGACAGAUAUGGGGUUUAUCCGAUACGGAUGCUGAUGGAAAAAUGGAUGUGAAUGAAUUCAGUAUUGCUUGCAAGCUGAUUAACUUGAAGUUGCGUGGUUUCGAAAUCCCAAGUGCACUCCCACCAACUCUGAUACGAAGUUUGAAAUCUGUAUCCAAUGAUGGGAACGUCGUUAACCUAUUGAACGGUGGUAACAUGAAUGGGAUUACACCAGCACAGCCUAUGGGAAUGAAUUUUGUGUCUGGAAGUAUAUCGCAGAACCUCGUAGGCUUAAAUGGAUCUGCUUCACAACCAAUGCGGCCACUUCCACCCAUGUCAAUGUCAACGGCCUCACAUCAGAAUAAACAGUGCGUGGCUCCCAGUACACACAUGGUUCAUAAUUACGCAUCAUCAAAGCCCCCUGCUCGACCUGCACCCCCCUCCAUGGUAGGAACACUUCUUGAUUUAUCUUUCGAUUCUUCACCACCAGUGGUACCCGUCAGACCUGCAAAUUUCAUUUCCUCGGCUCCUGGUCCACCACAAAGACCUGCGCCACCGUCAUCGAUUGGUACAGUACCAUUGAUUGGUGGCCCCCCACCAAAACCAGCCCCUCCAUCAUUUCCAAAUAGUCCGGUCAACAUGGGUAUGUCACCAGUUAAAAUGCAGCCGUCCGCGGGAUCCAUUAUUCCUCCUAUCCAACCAGUACAGCCUAUGACUGCGUCUGCACCGAUGGACUUGUUCGAGUUUGAUUUCUCUGAAGGUAUGCCGUCCGUUGCGCCGAUUGCACCUGUCAAUAUGAAUCCUGCCCCAAUUGCAGCUUUUGGAAUGGGCAGUGUGAUGGCAAUACAACCGGCAAUGAUACCUCCUAUGUCUGCCCCAACGAUGGCACCUAUUGCAUCUGUUGCACCUAUGGCUUCAGGCAUCCCAAUAUCCGCUCCAAUCAGCAGCAUUCCUUUAGCACCAGUGCAUCAAAUAAUGGGGAAUCCUGCAGUUGCCCCCAUAGUCCCACCGUCGGUUAAUGGAAAUCCAACGCCUGUUUCUACAAAUUCUCCACUCAGUACAACGGCUAGACCUCCAAGCAUAGACAGAGUUGGUUCGCUUGAUUCUCAGCAUAGCCAGCAUUCCGCAGGCUCGCCACAGGUCGAGUGGGCAGUACCUCAUCAAACAAAAUUGAAGUACACGCAACUAUUCAACACUUGGGAUCGUACCAGAUCUGGAUUCCUCUCGGGACCACAAGCUAGAAAUAUUAUGGUUCAAACGCAGUUGCCUCAGGGCAUCCUAGCCCAAGUAUGGGCUUUGGCUGAUAUGGAUGUUGAUGGCCGAUUGGGUUGCGACGAAUUUGUCCUAGCCAUGCACUUAUGUGAUAUGGCUAAGGCUGGUGAAAAAAUUCCCACAGUUUUACCAAUUGAACUCAUUCCUCCUACAUUCAGACGUCAACGACAAGGUAGCGUUACGUCCCAGGGUACGUCGGAGAACAUUGAUCCAUCUGCUGGCAUGCCACAGACGUCUUUUGAAAACAAGAGAAAAGAAAACUUUGAAAAGGGGCAGGCUGAGUUAGAGCGUAGGCGCAAAGCACUUUUAGAGAUACAACGAAAGGAACAAGAAGAACGUGAUCGUAAGGAAAGAGAAGAGGCUGAAAAGCAAGAGAAAAUAAGGUUGGAACAGGAAAGGAGACGACAGGCAGAAAUUGAAAAACAAAUGCUUCGGCAGAAGGAAAUUGAACAAGAGAAGGAAGAGCAAAGAAAACGGGCACAAGAGCAACGGGAGGCUGCAAGAAAAGAAAUGGAGAGACAGCGGCAAUUAGAAUGGGAGAAGCAAAAAUCUCAAGAACUUCAGGCACAAAGGCAGAAGGAACAGGACGUACUUCUUAAACUCAAGGCCAAGAAUCAAGGACUUGCUAUCGAAUUAGGAAGUCUGAAUGAAAAAGUGAAAGAGCUUUCACAGAAAAUAUGUGAUACUCGCGUGGGUGUUUCUGGUGUGAAAACUACGAUCGACGGUAUGCGUUCAACGCGUGAUUCUCAACUUCAAGAGAUGUCAGCGCUGAAAAAUAAAUUACGGGAGCAAAAUCAAAGACUGCUUUCGCUGAGUCAGGAAAAAGCAAGAAUUGAAGCUAAGAAUAAGUUGAACAAUGCUCAAGAUGUUGCUGGGCAGGAGGCAGUAAAGAUGGCUUUUGCUAGUAAACAAAUAACGUUGAAACAAAUGAAAGAUAAAAUCGCGGACUUACAGCAACAGAUAAACGAUAAGAUGACAGAUAUUGAAAACAACAACAGCCAACUUGAUGACAUAAAGAAGCAAAUGAAAAACCUUCUUGCCGAAUGUGCGCAGCUCUAUAAAUCAUUUGAAGAAAAAAAAACAAAAGUUACCGAUUUGCGAGCUGGCAGUGGCAACGCAGAUUUUACCACUUCUGCCUGGGGAGAUAGCGCCUGGGGUGAUACUGGAACUGUAAAUACAGACUCGUGGCCAGUGGACAUUGCUUCAGUGACACAUGCAACGAUUACUGGAGAUAAUACUGGCGCUGUGAAAUACAGAGCUUUAUAUGAAUUCGUGGCAAGAAAUCAAGACGAGAUAUCUUUCCAGCCCGGUGAUAUAAUCCUAGUGCCACCAGUCCAAAAUGCCGAGCCCGGCUGGAUGGCUGGUGAAAUACGUGGCCACACAGGUUGGUUUCCAGAAUCUUAUGUCGAACCAGUGGAAGUUGAUGCUGUGAUUACCAGUGGCAAUGCUUUCAUCCAACAAGACAGUGUUGAGAAGCGAACUUUGGAAGGUAUUGCCGAAGUUCCUGAAAAUGUAUCGGACGCUGGCUCACUUGGUGGUGAAGGUCCAGCUGUCGAGGCAGUUAUUCCAACUUUAGGCUUAGGCUCAGUUUGCAACUUGCAAGCUAUUGCUUUGUACCAAUAUCGCCCGACAGUUCAGCAACAUCUCUCUUUCAAUAAAGGAGAUACGAUCAAUGUCACAGAGCAGCAGGAUGAUUGGUGGUACGGUGAAUUUAAUGGUACAGAAGGUUGGUUCCCAAAGUCUUAUAUUAAAACAACCACACCUGUCCGAACUGAGGCAUCAUCUCCAACUGGUAUUCCUACUGAAUAUUACAUCGCGCUGUAUCCAUAUGCUUCAAACGAAACUGGAGAUCUAAGCUUUAAUCAAGGGGAAGUGAUGAUGGUAACAAAAAAAGAAGGAGACUGGUGGACAGGCGUUAUAGGAGAUCGUACCGGAAUUUUUCCAUCAAAUUAUGUUGAAAAGUGCGACAACCCCGAUCAGGUUGUCAUUGUGCCUGAUAAUACUUCUGAAGUAGUAUCAGCUGUUCCGGCCCCUGAAUCGACUCCGGUACCAGAUGUUCAAGAAAAAAUUUCGGAACCACCUACUGCUGUUACUUCAGCUCAAGGAACACCGCUACAGGAAAAAACGAAGGAACAGCUUGAAGACGAGAGAGCUGAGGCGGAAGACAGAGCAGAGUUACCAGAUUUUGCUGCUAUGUCGGCGCAACAGUCCGAGGACCUUGGGAGCGACACUGACUCUAAGCCAUCCACGCCGCAGUACCCCAAGGCAAGAGGUAAAAAACCUGAAAUUGGACAAGUCAUCGCUCCAUACCACGCGACUAGUCCGGAGCAAUUGAAUCUCCAUAGAGGACAACUCAUCAUGAUCAGGAAAAAGACGGAAACUGGUUGGUGGGAAGGAGAGUUACAGGCUCGUGGCCAAAAACGACAAAUUGGUUGGUUUCCUGCAUCUUAUGUCAAGUUAUUGGGAAGUAACAGUAAUCGCAGCACACCAGUUUCCCAUAGAUAUCAAGACUCGCCCACUGAUCCCAAUGUUGAGCGGGUGAUGGCUUUAUACCCAUAUCAAGCGCUAAAUGAGGAUGAGUUGAAUUUCGAGAAAGGAGACGUUAUAACUGUUCUUGCUAAAGAGGAUGCCUCGUGGUGGAGGGGCGAGAUGAACGGUGUAUCAGGAGUAUUUCCUAGCAACUAUGUUUCUCCGAUGUCCAGCGAUCUAAUACGUGAUGUUAUGUUUGGACUGCUCAAUGAUACGGAAAGGAAACGUCAGGAACAUAUCAAAGAACUCAUUGCAACUGAACAAGCGUACAUCGAAGACAUGACUCUGGUUCACGAGGUCUUUGAGAAACCGUUACUUCAAAGUAUGGUACUGACUGUAAACGAAGUUGACAAGAUAUUCGUCAAUUGGCGGGAUAUUAUAGUGUGCAAUGACAAUUUUUUGAGAACACUGAGAAUACGAAGGGACAACAGCGAUGGUGGUGUUAUAAGAAUGAUCGGUGACAUAUUGUGUGAAAAUAUCCCGAGGAUGUCGGCCUAUGUUAGAUUCUGUAGCUGUCAGCUUUCCGCAGCAACGUACCUUCAGCAACUUACUGAAAAAUCACCAGAAUUCGUUCAGGUUGCUGCGAUGUGUCAACAGGACCCAAGAACAAAGGGAAUGCCGCUGAGUUCGUUUCUCAUUAAACCCAUGCAAAGGAUUACAAAAUACCCACUGAUUAUUAACAAGAUUCUCGAAUAUACUCCUGUGUUACAUCCCGACAGACAAUAUCUUCUAGAAGCGCUGGCAAGAGCAGAAGAAUUUUGUACACAGGUAAAUGAGGGCGUCAGAGAAAAAGAAAAUAGCGACAGACUCGAAUGGUUACAACAGCAUGUAACUUGCGAUGGAUUAGAAGAACAACUGAUAUUUAACUCACUUACAAAUUCUCUCGGACCUAGGAAAUUUUUGCAUCAUGGAAUACUGCACAAAGCAAAAAGCGGCAAAGAACUUGUGGGAUUUCUGAUGAAUGAUUUUAUCUUGUUUGCUCAACCAACAAAAUCUUUACCAUCUGGACAGCAAUUCUCCUUUGAAAGAAACGCUAAUCAAAAAUUUAAACUGUACAGAAAACCAACGUUUCUGAAUGAGUUGGUCAUAUUGACAGUACCGGAACUUAAUGGAAAUGAUACAUCCGACCACUCUAGAACGAUCCGAUUAUGGGAUUCAAAGAAAACUAUUACUCUUUUAGCACCAUCUGCCAGUGAAUGUUCUUUGUGGUUAAAGCGAAUAACCGAAGCCAGUAGAGUCUAUUUAGAAAAUGAAAAAACUCAGCUUCAACGGCAGCGAUCGAAGCAGGCGCAGUUUGCUGCGUGUGGGCGAAUUCUUGUUACUGUACUCGAAGGGUCGAGUAUCAAAGCAUUAUCUGUUCGCAGGAGACCCCCAAAGGGCCGUCUCAGACUAGUUGUCAGGGAAGCAGAAGAUCUCUGUCCUACUAAACCAGGAAAGUACAACACAUUCUGCAAAGUAUCAAUGGGAUCACAAGAGGAGAGAACGCAAGUUGUAUCAGGAACUAACUGUCCACUGUGGGAUAAGUCAAUGCAGUUCCAAGUCAAAGAUUUACAUGCGGAUACUUUGUGUAUAACUGUUUUCGACAAGGGAUAUUACAGUCCAGACGAAUUCCGUGGACGUGCCGAAGUUCGAGUAUCCGACAUAAUGAGAGAUAGCAUAGAUUCUUGUGGGCCAAUUCAGAAAAGAAUUAAGCUACACGAAGUUGAAAGUGGAGAAGUUGUAUUGAAGUUGGAUCUACGCCUCUUCAACCGUUUACCAUAAGAAUUACAUGAGUGGGUUAGAAGUACGAUUUUUCAAUUGAUACUUUCGGAAUCAUGACAUUGUAGUAAUACUGACAGAGUAUGAUAUUCAGAGACCUAUUCAGUUAACACAAACACAUUAGUUUUUUUUUUCUAAAAUAAUGCCCGCAAUUUGCAAUUCAGACGUUUACCUCUGAAACAAUUCAACCUUUCGAACAGUAUCAUACAUUUGUUUGAAACUUGCAUUGUACAUUUUGAAAUCUUCAAUUUAUUUACAAUCAUACUUUGACAAGAAACUGUACCAUCUGUGAAGUUGUGAACACUUCAUUCGCGACUAAUGCAAGUUUUGUUUAUUCUACGGAAAAUGCAGAGUACCAUUCGAACUGAUCAAUAUCUUUUUGUGAACUUUAAUUGUGAAAUUUUUUUUUUUAAUAAUUAGAAUUUAGUCUAAAGCAGUGUCAAAACAUAGAUUUAAGCUUUAUUAUAAUGUUUGCAUUUGUAACGUUGCAACAAAUUCAAACUGAAGUGGAACUUGUGAGUUUUAUUACGUAUGUGAUGCAUGUAUGAGUUCAAUUUAUAACACUUUUUACACAUUUAAAGAAUAUAUAUUGUUAUUAUCUUCGCUUUAUGUAUUGGUAAGAAAGAGAUACUCAGACUAAUUUACUCAUUACAAUGAAUAUGAAAAAUAUUGUUUCGUAUGUACUUGAUAAUGUUAUUGUAUAAUGAAAACUGUUACCACAGUCACCUUCGAAUAGUUUUUAAUCAAGGGAUCAUUAUUUAUUACAGAAUUGAUUGAGGCCAAAUAUUAUUGACAUUCCGACAAAUUUUUAAAGCCAACAAAGAGAAUAAAUUCACAGUAAAUUAAACCAAAAAUUCUUAUUAUAAGUGAAUCAACUUGAAUGAAAUAAAGGUAGCGUUUUAUUGGUGUCCGUUAUAUAAUGACUAAUUGUAAGAUAUGAUUCGUUGAAUAAUCAUAAAUAUAUUGCGGACGAUAUUUAAGAAUAUGUCUUGAUCUUUACGGAAAACUUGGAUGUCCAUGUACCAUUAUCACCAUUUACUACUGCACUUGGAGUAUACAUCUACAUGAAUAUAUAAUUAUGUCCAACGAUGGCCAAAAUAUUUACUAAAUAUAUUAAAUAUUAAAGUUUUUCUCAUCCCGUUUCUGAAAACUUACUACUGUACUUAGCAAAUGAGUGAUGAAAGCGCGUUUGAAGCCUUUUGAUAUUACAUCAUGAGCUAGCAAUCAUGAGUACGUAGUAAAACAUCAAUGCGGACAGUCAUGGGAGCUUGAUCACUCAAACUGUAAAAAUCUCGUUGGGUGAUCAUGAGUGUUCACACAACUUUUCUUUUACCAUGUCGAACUGAUUUCUUGAUUAGUAAGUUAACAGGAUACGGAUACGUUAACAAAGGAUACUGAUAGUUAAAUCUGCACUGAAUCAAUUUUAUCCUAGAAGAACUAAAUGGAAAUUCAUUCCGCUUAAGUUGAAUAUAACGUUAUUGUUUGUUUUUCUGUUGAGGUUUAGUCUUUGCUAUGACUAUAUCUACAGGUAACAAUAAGCAUAUAUUCUUUGUGAUUGGUGCCAAUGAGCUCCGAGCAUUUUUUAUCAAUUCUUACCUCCUCUUUCUCAUUGCAAUCCUUUCAUUAAUAUUUUGGGUGAGA